UGCUAUAAUUUCACCGUUAGAUAGCGCCACCUGUAUAACAACACAACAUUAUUUUUAUUUGUUUGUGAUUUGUUUUACAAACAGAAGUAGACGUACCUACCCUCAAGUCAAUUGUAAUGAAUUAACAUGAACUAUUUAACGCAGCCAAAAUCUCAAACUGUGUAACAUAAUCUCAAAGCAAGUCCACAAAAUCAACACAGUAGUUUGGUGAAAGUAAUAGAAGAAACGGAAAGAAUUGAUUAGGGAGAGGUAAGUGCAAUGACCUUUGGGUUUGUGUAGUACGUAAAGGAGUCGCAAUGAACGAUGGCAGAGCAAAGGCAAUCCUGAUUAUUCGUCAAGUUAUCUGUGUCUGAAAAAUGAAAAGGGAGUCCGAUUGAACGGAAGACGUAGACUUGUAGGUGUUCGAUAAUCAAAUUGUAACGUUCGACGAAACAAAACAACGUACAUUAUAGUCGCAUUCAACGAUACGGAACCGCACGUUAUAGUUUAAAGUGCAAUCGACUGUGAAUAAAAAAUUAGCACAUCGUGCCUCAUAAUGCCAAAGCGAAAAAAGGCAACGUUAACAGGAAGAGUUGAAAGAAAAGGUGCCAAAGUGCAAAAACAAAAUCGAAGACAAGAUCCAGAAUAUUCAAGAUCUGACAAUUUGUGUAAUACAGAAUCACGUCGUGCCAGACGAUCUGAUCCAGUUUACAACGCAAAUGAUUUGGCACGAGAUAAUGUAAGUCGUCGUGCCAGACGAUCUGAUCCAAUUUACAACGCAAAUCGGUUGACACAAGAUGAUAUAAGUCGUCGUGCUAGACGUUCUGAUCCAGUUUGUAACUCAAACGAAUUGGCCCGAGACAAUGCCACUCGACGAGCAAAGCGCGGUGAAUUGAAACCAUGGAAAUAUGCUGUUGUAAUUUAUAAUGAAAACAUCAAGGAUGGACCAUGUCACCGAUGCUUUAGCUGUGACAAACUAUUAUUUAAAACUCAAGUCGUUAAAACCACCAAAGAAUCUCUUUUAUCUAAAGGCUGUGAUAUCGAUUAUUUAAAAACAUUGAUUAUUCAUGAACUGUGUCAAUUGGAUGAAUAUAAUUUUUGUGCCACUUGCAUGACUUACAUUCGAAAGAAACGAUAUCCAAGAUUCAAUAUCAAUAACUCAAAUUUAAAUUUUCCUACGAUUCCACAAGAAUUUUUGGAUAUGAAUAUUACUCCAUUGGAAGAAAGAUGUGUAGCAGCAAGAAUUCCAUUCAUGAAGCUGGUAGCGCUUGGUUGUGAUAGACAAAUUGGAAUCAAAUCUGGUGUAGUUAACGUGCCAAUAGAUGUACGUCGCACAAUUGAGUCAAUUCCAGCAAGACCAGAGGACAGCGGAAUUAUUGAAUUGUCUCUUGUACGCAAGAUGUGCUACAGAUCUGUCUACAUGAAAGAGCGAGUUAGACCAGCAAUCAUAUGGAAGGCAGCCAAAAUGUUGACGGAAACACCGCUCUAUAUUGGAGAAGGAAUUGGGUUGAAUCCCAAAUACGAAUCAAAUGAUGUGAAUGCUCCUACAAUUAAUUUAGAUGAGACAAAUGCUGAAAUCGUGGUGCCAAACUCAAAACAAGAUGGCACAAAUAUUUUACUGGAAACUGACACAGAAUUCGUACCAGCUGAGGAUAAUUACAUUGAAGAAGAGACACUCUUGGAUUCAAAUGAAGGCAUUCAAUUUGCUCCGGGUGAAGGACAGAUACCAAUUCCUAUGUUUAUGGAUCCCUAUUGUGAAGAGUUAGCAUUUCCGACUAUAUAUUUCGGACAUCCUAGAAAACCACAACAUUCUGGAAUUCGUUUAUCAUACGAAGACAUUGUCAAAUCAGAAUUGCAACGCUAUGAUCGAAGAGCAUGCCGUGCUGAUCAUUUACUUUUUAUGCACAAAAAGAGUCAAAUAAAACAACUCAUGGGCCAGAUGAAUAUCGUGUUCAGAAAAAGUGCACAAACUCAUGAGAUCACAGCAUCGCAAGUCACAAACAAGCAAUAUAUCGAACAGUCAAUUUUUGAUGAUCAUGCAUAUAAAUUUACUGCCUCAAUUACCGGAAGCCCAGCCUAUUGGGAGCAACAGAAAAAGAAAGUACUUGCUAUGGUACGACAAUACGGAAUUUUCACGAUCUUUCUCACCCUCUCGUCUGCAGAAACUCAUUGGAAGGAAUUGCUAGUAAUUCUUAAGAAAACUGUGGAUAAAGAAGAGAUUUCUGAGGAUGAAGCUGGCCAAUUGACAUUUGAUGAAAAGGCACGAUUGAUAAGAACAGAUCCAGUUACUUGCGCCUUAUAUUUUGAUCAUCGAUUCAAAGAGCUGCGAAAAACUUGGCACGGUGUUGAGGAUGGUCCAUUUGGACAUUAUGUCAUAGAGCACUAUUUCUAUAGGAUAGAAUUCCAACACAGAGGCUCACCGCACGUACAUAUGGUACUUUGGCUAAAAGAUGCUCCAAUUUUCAUGCCAUAUGAUGAAGAAUCAGAGAGGAAAGUUGCAGAGUUAAUUGACAUGGUUUCGACAACUGACACUAAUGAUCCCGAUGUGCAAGAUUUUAUUAAAAACCAAUGGCAUCGAUGCAGCCAAACUUGUAAGAAAACAGCACGAGGAAAAAUAUCAUGCCGAUUUGGUGCACCAUUUCGUCCUAUGGAUAAAACGCGUAUUUUGUAUCCAAUUGAUCAGAAUUUGGACAAGGCAGUGCAAACUAAAAUCAGAGAAUUGAAUGGAAGGCUAAAUGAAAUUCUAGAUGAUACUCCUGAAGAAAUUGGCACGCUUCACGACUUAAUGAUAAAAUCGAAUUGUAGCUUUGAAGAAUAUCUUCUCGCUGCUCGUACCAGCUUAAAGCAUCCAACAAUUUUCAUUAAGCGAGAGCCAAAAAACACAAGAAUAAAUGUGUACAAUAAGAAAAUUAUUUUAUGCAUGCGCAGCAAUAUGGAUAUUCAGUAUGUUCUCGACCCAUAUUCAUGCAUUGGUUACAUAGUAGAUUAUGUCAAUAAGUCAUCACGAGGAUUGUCAAGAUUGCUAAGAGAAUGUAUAGACCAAGCAAAAAGAGGAAACUACACUCUCAAAGAGAAACUCAAGUCUUUGGCACAUAUUAUGUAUAAUUCAUCUGAAAUUUGUGCUCAGGAAGCUGCUUGGUGUAGACUUCAUCUUGCAAUGGCUCGUUGCUCAGAUGGUGUUGAGUUCAUCAACACAAAUCACUCUUCUACACGAACAAGAAUAUUAAAAUCAAACAAAGAACUUCAAGAUUUGGUAGCAAAGGAUCCUGAAAGUACGGACAUAUAUAAGAAAGGUACUAUUGAACAUUAUGAAAAUCGACCGGAUGAACUGGAGUCCCUCUGUUUAGCAGAAUUUGUUGCUAACUUCACAUUCAAAUUGAAAGCAGGAGUUGCUGUUGUGGAGAACGAGAAUAACGAUAAUGAUAUCGAAGCAAUUCCAACUAUUGAUGAUGAGUCGGUCACAAGGAAAUUGAGGAAGUUUCAACUUAGAGAUGGAACUGGCACGAUCACUGAACGGAAGUCUCCCAAGGUAAUUCGGUAUUGUCGUUUCAAUAUGGAGCAGGAUGAGGAAAAUGCCCUAAGAGAAAUGUGCCUGCUGUUCAGACCAUUCCGAGAUGAAAAAUCUGAGAUUGAAGAUGCAGAUUGUGCCUUAGUUUAUAUCAAUAACCGCGAAACAAUCUCAGAAAACUACACUAAAUUUAAUGCUAUUGAACUGGAUCUUACUGAUAUAUUACGAGAAAUUGAAGAUGAGCGUCGUGCCACUGAAGAAGAAGCGGAAACUAAUGCUGCUGAUAAUCCAGAUGAAAAUCCAGACUUCUUGAACGUAUAUGAAUUUGACGACAAUGUAAUUCGACCAGAUCUUGAAACUGAAAUUGGAGAACUCUCAAGACAUGAAUUGACCACUAAAUAUGUUGUGCCAGAGUUAUUAAGUGAUGAUCAAUACCUAAAUUUGUGUGAUUCGUUAAAUAUUGAGCAAAGAGAUUAUUUAAUGCAUCUGAUUAGCGUUUUUAAAGAUGGAAAAGACUUACCUGUUUAUCAUUUCAUCACUGGUGGAGCUGGUGUCGGCAAAAGUCGCCUUAUCAGUGCCAUAUACCAGAGUAUAAUAAAAAUUUUUAGAAUGUCACCAGGUCAAACGAAGGAAAACGAAGUUCUUUUGGUGGCUUUUACUGGUAUGGCUGCUCAUAACAUAGGUGGUGUAACGGCACACGCAGCUUUUUGUUUGGUACCAACUAUAGGUGAUGCAGAGAAAAUGCUUCCCCCAGAUAAGGCCAACUCAAUGGCAGCAAGUCUUCAACAUUUGAAACUGAUAAUUAUCGAUGAAAUCAGCAUGCUACCGGCUGAAUUAUUAAAUCAAAUAAGUUCGAGAUUGAAGCAAACACGUCGUACUACAGCGGAAUUUGGUUCAGUAUCUGUUAUUGCAGUUGGCGAUUUUAAUCAAUUGGCCCCAGUUGGCGGCGCGAUGCCUUUCAAGCCACGAAACAGUCGGCAAGGAAGUUCAGUGUCAAUUUUGGUUGAUAAUCCCCAAUGGUCACUUUUCCAGUAUUAUAAACUGCCACGAGUAAUGCGACAACGUGAUGACUUAAGAUUUGCACAAGCACUAAAUCGCAUUCCAACUGGUGAAUGUACUGCCGAAGAUAUCCAAUUGUUUGAAUCUCGUAGUUUUAUGGAAAAUACAUUACCAGUCGAAGCUAAAGCAGCAGUUCGUCUAAUGAAGGCCAAUCGUACUGUUGAUGAGUUCAAUAUUCGUCGAAUUAGAGAAAUCGAAAAGGAUUCUUCAGUAAAAAUUAUACAUCAAGCCGAAGAUAGAUUUAGUGGACAUAUAACUGAGCGCCAAAAAAAUCAGGCACGACGUGAAAUUGAAAAAUUGAACAAAAAGGACACACAAAAUCUGAUGACAGAAUUGCAAUUAGUUUAUGGUGUGAAGUACAUGAUAUCAACUAAUAUUGAUGUUACUGAUGGUCUUUUCAAUGGUGCUACUGGCACUUUAAGAUUCAUUGAGAUUGUCAAUAAUCGAACACAAGCUGUGUAUCUACAGAUGGAUGACAAAUCAGUGGGAAAAUCAGCAAUUGGAAAGCGAAGAGCAUUUAUGGAGAAAAAUAACAUUUCAACUCGAUGGACUCCAAUAUUCAAAACCAAAAAGACAUUUAAUGUUUUAAGAAAAGGCACUGUUCAGGUUACAAGAGAGCAAUAUCCUUUAGUGCCUGCAGAGGGAAUUACAGUUCAUAAAAGUCAGGGACAGUCAAUGCCAAAAGUUGUCAUAGAUUUAAUAUCAAGCAAGAUGGAUCGUGCCAUGCUUUAUGUCGCACUGUCGCGUGCCAUUAGUCUUGAUGGUUUAUUCUUAAUUGGAAAGUUUGUACCUCCUGCAAAACUGGAUGAUAAUAAUGAAGUUAAGUUAGAAAUGGCAAGAAUGGAAAGGGAUUGUACACUAGUGCCAGCAUACAAGUUUCUGCGAGAGGUCAAAGAAGACUUCAUUCAAAUAAUAUCACACAACGUUCAAUCAAUUCAAAAACAUAGUUCCUCGAUCGUGCCGGAUGAAACGUAUAUGAAUAGUGCUAUGAUUUUACUUCAAGAAACAUGGGCAGUAAAUAAUCGACUUUAUGAUAUUCCUACUUUCACCGAGAUAUGUAGAAACGACUUUGCUGGACCUAUUGCAAAAGCUCAAGGCACAAUGAUUUAUGUGAAAGAUUCACACUUGAGUUCGAUAGUGCCAGCAUGUGCCAGAGAAUUCAAGAGAGACAAACAACAUAUAGAAGUCACCAGUUGUAUUAUAAGAGAACAAAUUUUGAUUAUAAAUAUCUAUAAGAAUCCUGAUGCCGACACAAAUUUAUUCAAGGAUGCCAUUACUGCUUAUUUAGAUUUGAUCAAUAGUUUCACAAACAUUUUUCUAUUGGGAGAUUUCAAUGAAAACUUGGCAGAAGAGGCUCGGACUGAAAGAUUUCUUAAAACAAUUGGGUUUAAGCUUGUAUCUCAAAGAAAAUCUACUACCAAUACUGGCACGACAAUUGAUGGCAUUUUUGCAAAGUCAAAUCUGGAUAUCCAGACAUAUAUUUACGAAUCCUAUUUUUCUUAUCAUAAAGCAUUAAUUUUACGUUUCAAUUACUAAUCUUUAUUUGUGUUUAAUAAAAGUUAUCGAGUAUGGUUACAA